AUUUGAUCCACCAAAAAAACAUGACCGUUAUAGAGAGAGCUAAAAGUGUUCUUUCUAAAAAUAAAACAGUGCCUCUCUCUCUCCAACAACGAAACUUCUUUCUACACAGUAAGCAAUAUCUAAUCGAGAAAAUUAGGGUUUUUGUCUGAGAGAGUGAGAGAGAGAGAGAUAGAGAGAGAGAGAGAGAGAGAGAGAGAGAGAGAGGAAGAGAUUUUGAAUCGUGAGAGUAUUCAGAGAGAGAUAGUGGCGUCUGGUUGGGUUGAAGCGGAGACGGGAAGUAAUCGUCCCCGGAAUUUCUUUUCUUCUCUGUUUACAAGUAUCGGAGGAGCGUUACUUCAGAUCACUGAAAAGGAAGAAGAUUCAAAAAUGGCGUCUAAAGUCUCGGAUCUUCUUAAUCAGCGAGGAAUUGCAGGCGAAGUUAAACCGAAGAAUGUUGCAGGACAUGGAAAACAAAAUCGAAAGGCUCUUGGAGACAUUGGAAACCUCGUCAGCGAUCGUGAAAUUGCAACCGGAAAGGACAUUGCGAGGAAGGCGAAACAGGAGCAGCAGAAACAGUCAAAGGCCGAGGUUAUUAUCAUUAGCCCUGAUGAAAAUGAGAAACCUUGCAAACCACAUUUUAGCAGAAGAGGAUCAAAGACUUUUACCGCAACCUUAAGAGCUCGAAGCAAUGCUGCAAAUCGACUCAAAGAUGCUGUGAUCGACAUUGAUGCUGCGGAUUCAAACAACGAGCUUGCUGCUGUGGAAUACGUAGAUGACAUCUUCAAGUUUUACAAGGCUGUAGAAGAAGAGGAAGGAAGGAUCAGAGACUAUAUGGGAUCACAACCUGAAAUCAAUGUGAAGAUGAGAUCGAUUCUGAUUGAUUGGCUUAUAAACGUUCACAGAAAGUUCGAGUUAAUGCCAGAGACACUUUACCUAGCCAUCAACCUCAUUGACCGGUUCCUAUCUUUAACCAUGGUUCCAAGAAGAGAGCUUCAGCUUUUGGGAAUAAGUUCGAUGCUUAUAGCUUCCAAGUAUGAAGAUAUUUGGUCUCCUAAGGUUAACAUUUUCGUCUGCAUCUCGGACAACGCUUAUUGCAGAGAACAGGUCUUGGCUAUGGAGAAAUCAAUCUUGAGGCAGAUGGAGAAACUGGUUUUCUACUUUGCUGAGCUUGGAUUAAUGCAUUAUCCGGUUGUUGUUCUGAACCGUCCUUCGAUUUUAGCUGCAUCAGCGGUUUAUGCGGCACGGCAAGCGCUUAAAAAGACUCCAACUUGGACUGCGACUUUGAUACAUCACACUGGCUACUUGGAAGAUGAAAUAAUGGAGCACGCGAAAAUGCUGAUGAAGUUGAGGGACUCGGCUCCUGAAAGUGCGCUAAGGGCAGUGUUCAAGAAAUACUCUGACUCAGAGAACGGUGAAGUUGCUCUUCUACCUUCGCUGGCGGACUAAUUUUUUUCAUGUUGAUCAUGUAGCUAUGAUGAUCUAUCUUCUGGUGUUUACCAUAUGUGUUUUGGUGUUUGGUUUUACAUUGGAAUCUCUCUGUACUAUGACCAUAUAUAAGCGUUAACUUUUAUGUUUUCUACUACUUGAAGUAUUAAUAUUCUACUUCUCGAGUUUUAUUGUUUCCA